AUGUCUGAUACCGCCAUCCAUCUUCACAAGUCCAAGACAAGCGACAACCAUGUCGAGGUCGAGGAGCUUAUCCGCGAUGAAGAACAAGUUAGAGUGAAGCACUGGUAUGAUGCUUUUAUCAGACUGUUUUAUUGGUAUCCGAGAGAUAUCUACUCGCCUAAGGAACGCAAAUUUUUAAUCAAGCUUGACCUUUGCUUGCUGAUCUAUAUUUGUGUUUCCUAUUUCACCAAAGCCCUGGACAAAGCGAAUAUUACCAAUGCCUACGUUAGCGGAAUGGAAGAAGACAUAAAAUUCUACGGUGACGAUCUGUCGUAUGCCAAGUCUUUGUAUUCUGCCGGCUACAUUGUUUCCAUGGCGAUCGGUACUCUUUUGGUGACUCAGAAAUGGUCUAGGUUUUUGCUGCCAUCGUUCGAGCUCAUUUGGGGUGUUUUGACUUUCUGCGGUGCUGCUGCUACUAAACCGCAACAUAUUUUCUGUCUUAGAUUUUUGAUUGGGUUCUGCGAAGGAAUUGCCUUCCCUUCAUCUGUUUACAUCAUUGGAAGCUGGUUCACCAGAGAUGAGGUGUUCCGUCGUGUUAUGGUGUUUUCUGUGUCGUCCAGUUUGGGAGGCAUGUUCUCUGGUUACCUUCAAAGUGCUGCCUACGAAAAUUUGAGUGGUACCAGAGGCCUUGCUGGCUGGAAAUGGGGUUUCAUUAUUGACGGAAUCUUUACGGUUCCGGUUGCUAUUUUUGGACUGUUCAUGUUCCCAGGCCCACUGCAAGCAAAGUCCCAAAAAGACACAAAGCCAAUUUGGUGGAUGACGAAAGACGAGUACGAGAUCGCUGUUGAGCGACAGGUGAGAUCCGGUAUUGACGGUGCUAGACAGUACGAUCUUAAGAUCCUCAAAAAGACCAUUCUUCAUUGGCCAGUGCACUUCUUUGCUACCUUCUGGGUGCUCCUCAAUAUUGUGGCGCUCCCAGACGGCACUGUGAUGCCGCUGUGGCUGAAAUACGAGGCGAAAGUCCACAACAGAUUCACCGUCUCGCAAAUCAACAACUACCCGACACUGCAGGCUGUCGUGGGUGUGGUUGCACAAUUUUUCCUCGCAGGACUCUCGGACUCGUUCCCUAUUUAUCCGUUCUUGGCAUUCACGCAAACUUGCUUCAUCAUUGCAUACGCUUCCUUGGCAGCUUGGAAUAUCGCUUGGGGUUGGAAAUGGGUGUGCAUGCUCGCGAUCGGCCUUGACUCUGUCAACCAGGCCAUUGUGUCUGGAUGGAUCAACAGAGUGUGUCGUCACGACAGUCGUGAGAGAGCAUUUGUGAUCGGCUACUCCGAUGCCGUUUCCCAGGCUAUGAACGUCUGGACUAAUAUUGUCUUCUAUCCUACAAGUCAUGCGCCUGAGUUCCGCCUGGGACUGAUCAUCUCUACGAUUGCUGCUUUCCUGAUGCUGGUCUUACCUAUUGUUGAGGUGUACCUCACCAAGCGCGAUACCAAGAAGUACGUCGAAAAGAAGGAACGCGAACUGGUCGACCGCAUUUCGGUCAGCAGCGAAGAGAAGGGAGUAGCUUUGUGA